CAGUGCAAAACGGUCUUACUAUCAACUUCCAGUUGGAAAUGUAAAUAAAUAAAUAAAUAGAAAAUUUAGAGCAAAAUAAAAGAAAGUAUGAUACGUUUGGGGAACCAAAUGUGCCGGCAAGUGGCCUUUAAUAUACAGACUGUAUUCCGAAACCCGGGCACCGCGAACAAUCCGAGAUUAAUCACCAGAAAGAUGACACAACAGCGACCGCCGGUGAAUUGGACAACCAGUAUUCCCAAUCAGGCGGCGAAGGACAAGGAGAAGAUAGCUCCUUUGGGAUGGUUCCUCCUGCUCAUACCGGCCACCACUUUUGGCUUGGGCUGCUGGCAAGUGAAGCGCAAGAUUUGGAAGGAGCAGUUGAUCAAGGAUCUCAACAAGCAGCUGAGCACGGCGCCUGUGGCUCUACCAGACGAUCUCACUGACUUGGCCCAAAUGGAGUACCGCCUGGUCAAGAUCCGUGGACGUUUCCUUCACGACAAGGAGAUGCGCCUGGGUCCGAGAUCGCUGAUACGGCCCGAUGGCGUGGAAACCCAAGGAGGACUCUUCUCGCAGCGCGACUCGGGCAAUGGCUAUCUAAUAGUAACCCCUUUUCAGCUGGCAGAUAGAGACGACAUAGUGCUCGUCAAUCGGGGCUGGGUGUCCCGCAAGCAAGUGGAGCCGGAAACCAGGCCGCUGGGCCAACAACAGGCGGAAGUGGAGCUCACCGCCGUCGUGCGCAAAGGAGAGGCGCGUCCGCAGUUCACACCCGACCACAAGGGCAAUGUCUAUCUCUAUCGCGACUUGGCGCGCAUGUGCGCCGCCACAGGAGCAGCUCCUGUGUUCCUGGACGCCGUCUACGAUCCGCAAACGGCUGCACAUGCUCCAAUCGGUGGACAGACACGCGUUACCCUGCGCAACGAUCAUCUGUCGUACCUGGUGACCUGGUUCAGUCUAUCGGCGGCCACCUCCUUUUUGUGGUACCGCCAAAUAGUCAAGAGGAUACCCUUCUGAAAAAGGGAACCCAAAUCAAACGCACUGUUGUUAUUUUUAUUAUAAAAAUUUACAUGCUCUCGUGU